CCUCUGGGCGGGGCGAGAGGGCGCCUCAGUCGUGUACCGGAUCCCACCAGGGAAGCGUCCAGCUCCUCGAACGUUUCGGAGUUGCUCGUUCGCUCGGAUCUCUCUCUUUUCUCUCCAUCAAUCUUUCGAAAAACGCUCCUCGCGAUUUUUAGAGGUUGUGUUUAACUAUAACUAAGAGGUAUAAAACUCAUAUAAUCGGAUAACGCAUAGAAAGAGAGAGAGAAAAAGAGAGAGUAAACGUGAGAGCGGUUAUAGUGUCCUUCUCUGGGAUUCGAGAUAUCGUCUUUUCUUCCUCGUACCCCGUAGUAGUAGUUCGAAACGAGUCGUGCAUAGUAUUACUAUAGUUCCAGCGGUGCGGAUCAACCAGUGAUCAGUUCGACGCAACGCUGUUUAUAUCUUAUCGAAAGAUCCAGGAACGAGUCUAUAUGAAAAUAUUCCUUCGUUCAAAGUAAUCGGCGUUUCGUUUACUCUUCCCAUUGGCUUAUCCGGUUCGCGUUUGUUGCGUUUGCUUGUUCGGUUCUUGCCGGUUAUAUCGAUUCGAGAAGUGAUACGGGCGUACAUAUAUAAAGAUACACGCACAUCUCAGUGAAACAAGUGAGAUAUACGUUAAGAAGAGGUGCGUAAAAAGAGUUUUGGAAGUAUCUACGGGGGAGAGACGUCUAUGUGCGCGCCCGGAGACACAGAGAGCUACCCUGGCACCUAGCGGACGACGCGGGGUGGCUUCACCAAGCUAGUGCUUGCGAGAGGGUUAAACUCGUUCCAGGGUGGCGGGCUUGGUCAGCAGGAAGCGGCGAGCGUCGCGGAGCAGUAGCUAGUGAGGAGGAGAGGAACGGUAACGAAGAAGACGAAGACGACGUCGUCGGGGAGUAAGUGUCGAAGGGUGGCGGCGGAGGUGACGACGCGUAGGAGGUGGCGGAGGAGGAGGGUGGUGGUGACCGUGGAAAAGACGACUCCUGCGACGUGAGUCGCGAGCCGUGGCUGGUGGUGGUGAAGUGGCCACGAAAAGAGUAGAGUAACGGUUUUCUGGCCGACGAGGGAAAGAACAGAGGCUUGGUGGUGGCGUUUGUGAAGGCAACCUGUGGCAAGAUGGGCUGCGCCAUGUCCGCGGAAGAGCGGGCCGCACUGGCCCGUAGCAAACAGAUAGAGAAAAAUCUGAAGGAGGAUGGUAUUCAAGCCGCCAAGGACAUCAAGUUGUUAUUACUUGGUGCCGGCGAAUCUGGAAAAAGUACCAUCGUUAAACAAAUGAAAAUUAUUCAUGAAAGUGGAUUUACACCUGAAGACUUUAAGCAGUAUAGGCCCGUAGUGUAUAGCAACACGAUACAAUCUUUAGUCGCUAUUCUCAGAGCGAUGCCAAAUUUGGACAUCAACUUUUCGACCAAUGAGAGAGAGCCGGACGCGAAAAUGGUAUUUGAUGUGAUCCAAAGAAUGGAAGAUACGGAGCCAUUUAGUGAGGAACUUUUGGCUGCGAUGAAUAGACUCUGGGCUGAUAGCGGGGUCCAACAAUGUUUUGGCAGGAGCAACGAGUAUCAACUCAACGAUUCGGCAAAAUAGUUCAACGGCGUAUUGAUCGUCGAUGACGUUACGCCACGCCCGAUCACGUGGUCUAAAAUGGCCGACAUCAUCCCUACCACUUUUCUGUCUGCUUGAUACUAUGUUUCCUCGUUUUUACCUCCCACCCUCAAUUGUUUCUCGUUUGAUUCCGCUGUUACCGCUUCUCUCUGUACGCUAAGAGGAACAAGAAAAUAUAGUGAUACAUAAGAAUAUAAGAAUACAACAAGCUGGAAUGAAAAACAA